UCUGCAUAGUCAAAGACUUGAAGUGAUCAGUCCAGUGCAGUGAAGGACUUUGAAUAUUGCAUGCAUCUGUAACAAAAUAGAUGAAUUCUGAAUGAGGCAGUGAAGCAUGUUACAGAACCUUUCCACAAGUGGAUGAAGGGGAAAGGAAAAAGUGCCAUUGAUAACUAGGAUAGCAACAUGGGAAAUACAACCACCAAAUUCCGCAAAGCUCUUAUAAAUGGAGAUGAAAAUCUGGCCUGCCAAAUAUAUGAGAGCAACCCUCAGCUAAAAGAAACUCUUGACCCAAAUACUUCUUAUGGAGAAACUUACCAGCACAAUACUCCGUUACAUUAUGCUGCUAGGCAUGGAAUGAACCGUAUACUGGGAACUUUUCUUUUUGUUAGAGAUGGAAACCCAAAUAAACGGAACGUGCACAAUGAGACAUCUAUGCACUUACUGUGUAUGGGACCCCAGAUCAUGAUAUCUGAAGGAGCUCUUCACCCUCGCCUGACACGACCCUCAGAAGAUGACUGCAGAAGAGCGGACUGUCUGCAAAUGAUCCUGAAGUGGAAGGGAGCAAAACUGGAUGAAGGACAAUAUGAAAGAGCAGCAAUUGAUGCUGUUGAUAACAAAAAAAACACACCUUUGCACUAUGCUGCUGCCUCAGGGAUGAAAACCUGUGUAGAGCUUCUAGUAAAACAUGGUGGAGAUUUGUUUGCAGAAAAUGAAAAUAAAGAUACCCCAUGUGACUGCGCAGAGAAACAGCACCAUAAAGAGUUGGCUCUUAACCUGGAAUCUCGAAUGGUAUUCUCACGUGACCCUGAAGCUGAAAGCAUUGAAGCUGAAUAUGCUGCUUUAGACAAAAAAGAGCCAUAUGAGGGGCUAAGACUUCAGGAUCUGCGAAGGCUUAAGGAUAUGCUGAUAGUGGAGUCUGCUGACAUGCUUCAAGCCCCACUGUUCACUGCAGAAGCUCUGCUUCGGGCACAUGAUUGGGACAGAGAGAAGUUACUUGAAGCAUGGAUGUCUAAUCCAGAGAACUGCUGCCAGCGUUCAGGGGUUCAGAUGCCAACGCCACCUCCAAGUGGCUACAACGCGUGGGACACGCUCCCUUCUCCGCGGACCCCGCGCACCACUCGCUCCUCUGUAACUUCCCCAGAUGAAAUCAGCCCAUCACCAGGAGACAUUGAGACAGCUGUGUGUGACAUUUGUAUGUGUAAUAUUUCUGUAUUUGAAGACCCAGUGGAUAUGCCUUGUGGGCAUGACUUCUGCAGAGCCUGCUGGGAGGCAUUUUUGAAUCUGAAAAUUCAGGAGGGUGAAGCUCACAACAUUUUUUGCCCAGCAUAUGACUGUUUCCAGCUUGUGCCAGUAGACAUCAUAGAAAGUGUGGUUUCCAAGGAGAUGGACAAAAGAUACCUACAGUUUGACAUUAAGGCCUUUGUUGAAAACAAUCCUGCUAUUAAGUGGUGUCCUAUACCAGCCUGCGAAAGAGCAGUAAGGCUAACAAGACAAGGAUCAAAUUCAACAGGAUCAGAUGCACUCAGCUUCCCUAUGCUAAAAGCCCCUGCUGUAGACUGUGGAAAAGGACAUCUUUUUUGCUGGGAAUGUCUUGGUGAAGCACAUGAACCUUGUGACUGUCAAACCUGGAAAGACUGGCUACAGAAAAUAUCUGAAAUGAAGCCAGAAGAACUUGUGGGAGUUAGUGAGGCUUAUGAAGAUGCUGCCAACUGCCUGUGGUUACUAACUAACUCCAAACCAUGCGCCAACUGCAAAUCUCCAAUUCAAAAGAAUGAGGGCUGCAACCACAUGCAAUGUGCGAAGUGCAAAUAUGACUUUUGCUGGAUAUGCUUAGAAGAAUGGAAGAAGCACAGCUCUUCCACUGGAGGCUAUUACAGAUGCACUCGCUAUGAAGUUAUUCAACACGUAGAGGAACAGUCCAAAGAGAUGACAGUAGAGGCUGAAAAGAAACACAGAAGAUUUCAAGAGCUUGAUAGGUUUAUGCACUAUUACACAAGGUUUAAGAACCAUGAACUUAGCUACCAGUUAGAACAGCGCCUUCUAAAAACAGCCAAAGAAAAGAUGGAGCAGUUGAGUAGAGCGCUCAGUGGAACUGAGGGAGGCUGUCCUGAUACCACAUUCAUUGAAGAUGCUGUACAAGAGCUUCUAAAAACUCGCCGCAUUCUCAAGUGUUCUUAUCCAUAUGGAUUCUUUUUGGAGCCUAAAAGCACAAAGAAAGAAAUAUUUGAACUUAUGCAGACAGACUUAGAAAUGGUCACUGAAGACCUUGCACAGAAAGUGAACAGGCCUUAUCUUCGGACUCCUCGCCAUAAAAUCAUCCGAGCAGCUUGUCUUGUGCAGCAGAAGCGGCAAGAAUUUUUAGCCUCGGUGGCCCGUGGUGUUGCUCCCGCAGACUCACCAGAAGCACCAAGGCGCAGCUUUGCUGGUGGAACGUGGGAUUGGGAGUAUUUAGGAUUUGCAUCCCCUGAGGAAUAUGCUGAAUUUCAGUAUCGGAGGAGGCACAGGCAGCGUCGACGUGGAGACAUGCACAGUCUGCUGAGUAAUACUCCAGAUCCUGAUGACCCUAGUGAGAGUACCUUAGACACCCAAGAAGGUGGCAGUAGUAGAAGACACGGCACCUCCAUGGUGAGUUCAGCUUCUAUGGGUAUUCUGCACAGCUCUUCGCUUCAUGACUAUACCCCUGUCAGUCGCUCUGAAAAUCAGGAUUCUCUUCAGGCUCUGAGCUCUUUAGAUGAAGAUGACCCAAACAUCCUGCUAGCUAUUCAGCUAUCAUUGCAAGAAUCUGGCUUGGCCAUAGAUGAAGAAACUAGAGACUUUCUAAAUAAUGAGGCAUCGUUAGGAGCAAUAGGUACUUCUUUGCCUACAAGAUUGGACUCUGCUCCCAUAAGUAUAGAUAACCCAAGGUCGGCAUUGAGCAGCUCUGAGCUGUUGGAACUUGGCGAUAGUCUGAUGAGACUAGGUGCAGGCAAUGAUCCCUUUUCAGCUGAUCGUCUUCAUUCACACCCCUGCAGUGAUACAAGAAGUGGAUUAUAUUCAACAUCUAGUGACGCGGAUUCAAGCAGUCAGGAUCCCAACACCAAUGAAAAUCUACUUGGAAAUAUUAUGGCCUGGUUUCAUGACAUGAACCCACAGAGCAUUGCUCUGAUCCCCUCAGCAAGUACAGAAACGGAUGAGGAUUCACAGCAACCCAGUACUGAAGAUGGGUCAUCAGGGCAACCAAAUCUUAUAGACAUAGGACUGGAGCCUCAGGAAGAGCAUGCGCUAUUUGAGGAUACACUCAAAAACGAAGGCAGAGGAACCCAGACAGAGGAGAGUACUUCCGAAGAAAACGUUAUUCCAGGUGAAACAGUAUCCCAAAGUGGUGAUCAUACCAGGGAAGAUGCUUCAGAAGAUAUUUCAAGUCAGACUCCUCAGACCUCAAGUGAAUGGAUUGAACAUGUGCAUCUGGUAUGAACAAGAAUUAAAAUUGGAGUAAAUGAAUGGCAGUGACAGAUGGUACAGUAUGUGGAAUAAGCAAUUAGGGAGGCUUUGAUCCACAUAAUGACAGCUCAGUUGUAACCACUGACAUAACAAUGGAUACUUGGGAGUUCUCUUGAAUUGCAGUUCUUUAUAAUAAUGUGAACCUUUCAAGGAAUAUCCUUUGCAUUUAAUUAGGUAGUACUUGCCUUUUUGCUCUCAAGAAAAAGGAAAUAAGUAGGUUGUACUCCACAUUCCUAAUACAAUGCAGCAUCUGUUUAGCCUUAGGUUGAUGAUCCUUAACUUGAAAGUAUGGAUUAAAGGCUUACACUGAUUAUUUUGUUUGUUUUUCCUAAGAAAUAGUUUAUUCCAUUUUUUAGAACUCAUUCUUUCACCAAAAUAAUAUUUAGUAAUUCAUUUGCAUUUUGUUUUUGUUUUCCAUAACUUCUCCUUACUCAUUUUUCUGUUUUUUUUUUUUUUUUUUUUUGUAGCAGUGUGAAUGGAGGUAUUUAAUGCUUCUCUUUAGUACUGCUCCAGGAACAAGUUAUAGGGGAUACGCUUUCACAUUAAAAAUCAAAGAUUUUUUCAUGUCUAUUUACAGUCCAAACGUGCCAAACUGUGAAUAGUUAGCUGGCUGUAGCCUAAUGAAACAGUGCAGUGUUACUCUAUCAAACUAAUCCCACAAUUUUUAGUAGUGAAAGAAACCACUGGGUAGCAUUGCUUCUCUAAAUUUAGCUGGCAUGUAUUGCCAUGGUGACUGCAUUUAAUUAAAUGUAGCCUGUAUCUUAAGUUAAUAAAACCUAAUGCUGCUGUUAAACAGUUAUUUUAAAUAAUUAAAAUACAGUGGGUUAGCAACAGCUGUGCUGUAUUUUAAGAGACACUUUAAUGGAAGUGCAAUCAUAGCUCUUUGUUUUCAUAAUUCUACAAAGCAUUCUAUGCACUAAUAGUGCAAUUACUUUUAAUGAUAACGUUUUAUAAAAAUAUAGGAAUACAGAAUUUUCAUACAUUAGCCACUCCCACAGUUAAAGUUCAGAUAACACAGUUUGCUCAACAUGUUACGGUGCCUUUGCCUAACCCAACUGGAUAGUUGCCACAGUUAAACAAGUAAUUCAAAUUCAGUGUCUGUUCUGGAGUAACUAUGCUAUUAAUUGCAAAGACCUCCAUAAAACCACCCAUGGCCUUGCCUUUACCGUAAAUAAGUAAAUGUUCAGGCAGUGUUUUUGCAUAAACAAAACACUGCUAGAUAUCUGUUCAAUUGCACAAUACUCAUUUGCUGUGUGAUUACUGUUUAGUGUAAAAAAACAACAAAAGAAAACCCUCUUCCUAGUUGUUGUACCGUGAAAAAAAAAAA